ACCAAAAACUUUUGAGGACACUAUCAGCUACAAUUCAUGCGAUACAUGUGUAGAGAUUCCUCAAAUAAAAAAGUUUCUCACAGAGUGAAAUUUAUACUGCACAAAAGAAAUGAAGUCGUGGUUUACCUAAUAUUUUUAGGUCGGCUAAUAAGCUUCUUUCGCGCUUAGUCAGCUUGUGAAAUAAACGUGAUUGUUGAUCGGUGCGUUCGGUUUCGAGCUCGCGGAGUGGAGCGGGAUCCGUUUAGAUAUUUCAGAUUCGUCUGCGAGUAAACGAACGCUUUCUGCAUAUUUAGCGGUGUAUGGAAACGUAAUCAAAGUUUAAGGUUAGGUUACUUUUUGUUUAUUUUUUCAUUACACCUCUUCAUUUAAAAAUGGGAGAUAUUAAACUGAAAAUUAAUAAUGGGGAAGAGAUUACGCUUCAACUUCCGGAUAAGGAAUUUUUAACGAGCAUUUACAAAGGUAAUUAGACAAUUAGGGAGUGACCAUUACGCGAAAAGCUCGUUUUCGCCACCUUUACCAAAUUUUCAUCUAUCAGUUAUUCGUAAUGCCUAAUUUCAUUUUUCAGAUCCAUCUAUGUUAGUAAAUGUUGCUCAAGAGUUUGUAACAUAUCCAGUAGAAACUGUCGAGAUUGUAAAAGAAUUUGAAGAAAAUGGGAACAAUGAGGCUGACCUACCUAUGGAAGAUCGAAGAAUGUGGACAGAUGAUAGCACACGAAUUUUAAUUGAACUGUACCAGAAGUUCAAUGAAGAAUUUAAUUCUGGAAUAAAAAAAUUUGUGUGGAAUAAAAUUGGAAGUCAUAUAUCACAAGUUGUCGGAAUGACAAUUACAGGAGUGCAAUGCGAUACUAAGUGGAAAGGGUUGGUAAAACAAUAUAAAAGCAUUAAAAAGCACAAUGACACAUCAGGAAAUGAUACAAAAUAUUGGAAGUUUUAUGCAUGCAUGGAUGAAAUUUUGUUUAAUAAGCCUGAAAUAAAUGCAGUAGCCACUUGCAGUAGUUCCAGAGGGUUGAAAGUUGCGCCAGAGUUCUUAGAGACCAACUUACAACAUGAAACUACGAAGAACAACACACCUUCUCCAUCUACAUCUAGGUGCAGUACUCCUGUAUCUAAUAGGAAUAAACCGUUGAAAAGGAAAGUAAGUGAAAACGCUUAUGAAAGAAGACACAAAGAAAAAUUGGAACGCCAGGACCGAUUUUUAAAUAUAUUUGAAAAACUUGUGGACAAAUUGGGUACUGACGCAAAUCACUGCAACAAUUGUGUUGGUGAUAAAGAAAAUUAAAAUGUAACCAAAUGUUUUGAAUUGUACGUUUUUCAUUUUUUUAUA